UCAGUUUAUCCAUUCGCCAGAUCCAUAUUUGAUGCCUUAAUCGAUGUUUUUCGACCCGCUGUCUCCGCCGUAUUUGCCUGACAUCUGCUAGCUACCCUGAUAUGUACAACUAUCUUGUCCACACAAAAUCAGCCUAUUCUCAGGAAAGUUUGAAAAACUUUAAGAGCUUGGAGGCUUAUAAAUACUUCGUUGCUGGUUGGGUGAAACAGGUCCUCGUCCACGAAAAUUCGGCAGGAAUCUAUCUUGUGCUUGGAAAGCGUCCUCCUCUUGUCUCCGCCUCCAUGUUCCUGAUUAGUGACUGCCAUUUUCAUGGAGCAGCUGAAGAAGCAUCUCAGCUCAUGACUCAUGGAGUGUAUCUUUAGUAUAAGCGUGUAAAACUUGCUGUCUGAGUCAACCGCUGAGACUUUUGGUUGGAUUAAGUAUUUUCUCGAUGGCAAUUUCAAACUGGACCAUGUUUCCUAAAAAUGUGCAUGUGAAAGUGCAGCAUGUAUUCUGUCCAAGAAGGGAGGUGGGACCCUCAGCGCCCAUCUAAUCAUGCCUGGACACCCCGGCCUGGACCACCUUCCAAUUUGCGCCUCGCCCACUUGGAGACUGCGACGCCAGCCAAGAGAAUCACUUUCUACACAAGCGGUGACAAUCAGUUUAGGGGUGUCAGGAUGGCCAUCCAUAAGCGUAGCUUCAAAUGCUUUGAUGCCCUGCUGGAUGACCUUUCACAAAAGGUGCCACUUCCAUUUGGUGUGCGGACAGUAACCACACCCCGUGGCACACGCAUCAUCAAACAUCUAGAGGAACUCCAAGACGGGGGCUGUUACCUGUGCUCUGACAGGCGCCAGCCUAAACCAGUCAACAUGGAACUUGCCAGUAAACACCAAAGUAUUUGGCACCAUCACAGCCGCAUCCCCCCAAAAGCAGAAACCUUUUCCACGCCCUCAUCUGGCCAUCUAGCUCAGAGGCAUCGACGGAUUCUUCUGGUUAAAAACACUGAGCCAGGGAUGAGGAGAAAUAUAGGACUGAGCAGGAGGUCAAUUAGAAGCAUGAGGGCCUUUCUUGAGGAGGCUUCUGAAGUGAUGCAGUUCCAUGUCCGAAAAAUAUAUACCACAGAGGGACGCAGGAUUGACAGCGUUCAAAGUCUGAUGGUCUGCCCUGGAGUGUUGGUGUGUGUCGGCAGAGAGGCCCUGAAUCCCAUGCUGUUGAAGAUCCUGAGAAAGGGCACAGAGGGAACACUUCCUGGUUUGGGCAACAAGUCCACGGGUCUUUAUCCCAGGACUCCUGGAAAUGGGACUCGAUCCCCUAGUUUUCAAGAAGCAAGAUCAUCCCCUCAUGGACCUCAGUCCAGAGCCAGUGAGUGCAGUGAGGGCCAGGAGAGCAAAAAAAGUGUUAACUUUGGUCUGGAAACAAAAAAGAGCAUCAUCCACCCACGGUCUGAUUCAUCGACCCGCUCCACUCGAUUGUCUUUGUCCUCAGAGAAGUCCUAUGGCAAUGGUAUAGGACCACACUCACAGCACAGACCAGCUAUUAUGAACGAUGACAUUGAAAAACGUGUCCUGGUCAACAAGGACGGCAGUCUCUCCGUGGAGAUGAGAGUGCGUUUUCGCCUCUGCAAUGAUGAGACAUUAAAGUGGUCGACGCAAAUUGGAAAGUCACCCUCUCUGACAAGUGACUGCUACCCGCCAAGCCAUGCCCACGUUAGUUGCUUACAAAAUGGCCAAUCUGAAAGCUGCUCCGAUUGUGCAACCUUUGAGAGGGAUUAUUUGGACGAUGCCAAUCAAUCUCUCCAUGCUGCAUUGGAUGUAAGCCAGUGCCCCUGCUGCUACCAGAUGCAAGGACAGCAGUACAACCUCUGGGAAAACCCAAUACACAGCCAAAAGCAGACACCUGUCUCACCCCAGUAUGUAGCAAGUCACACUCACACUACAAUAAGACACACACAUUCCUCCUGCUCAUCCUCAUCAUGUAAUUCCAUGAGAGUAAUGCGGUGCCGUGCAAAAAUCUCCAGCUGUGGAAGAGGUUCCGAUUCAGAGCAGAGUCAACUUGUCCAAGAGGAAACAUGUGUGAUGGAACAGGUCGAGCAGAGAGUAGAUAUGGGGCAGAAUGAAGACAGUAACGUCGAAGUGUGCAUGAUGAGCAGGUGCUCCAGUCGCAGUGAAGUGGUCACGAUGAAUGCCAAUGUGAGCUCUCCUUGCGAAAGGUCACUCAUGGAUGAGGCAAUGGAAGAGGAGGUGAAUCACCCACUGUCCAGAAUCAGCAGCUCUUCUCAUGUGCUGCAGUCAUUAAAAGAAGACCAAGAUGUUGACGACGACCUGCCAGCGAGCGCUUCACAGUGCUCCCAUCGAAGUAAGCCAUCCUCGAAUGCUCAACCAAACGACAAUCAGUCAAUCAGCCACUUCACUGAGCACGAUAACCUGGAGGACCGGGAUAAUAUAGAAAGUCAGACAGUAAGCGAAACAGCUGCAAGAGAUCAAACUAUCACAUUCAGCUCCAAUGUAAGUAGGGCCUCCUGUCGGUCUACUGAUGUUUUGAAACAAAAAAAUGCGAAUGGAGCUGUAAAGAGCUUUGUCAAAGCCUCAUCUGGCACCUCCACCCCAUCUAGGAUGUCAAGUGUAUGUCCUAAUUGUGGAGGCUACAAAUCGAUAAUCACCUCUAAUUGCGGUAGUAGAUCUUCACAGAGAUCAUGCCACACUCCACAAGCUGUUUCAAGCCCAACUUUACAUUUGGAAAACCAGGAGAAUGCCAAUUACUUUGCAAAUGAUGAUGCUUUGUCCACAAAAUCCAACCGAACCAACCUCACAGGACAUAGAUCCAACCCUAUGUCUAGUGCCAUUUCCAGAACGCCCAGUCCUGAGCCAACAGAAGGGGAGCAAGAAAGAGUCACCAAGUCCAACAUAUCACAAAAAUCUGCCUCUACUAGUGCCACAACUGAAAAAAAGAUUAAGAAAAGCUCCAGUGCUACAACAUCAGCUGAGUCCAACAAGUCUCUUGAGUCUGAUUUCGGUGGCGCAGUUGAAAAGUCUCAAAUCACAGAUCGAGGAAUCUGUGACAAUACUGCGGCAAAAUCAUCUCCACCGAACUGUUCUGCUGACAAUAUAUUCCUGAAGGACACAAACAGUAGAUCUCCAAGUUGUCUUUCUAUAAACUCUAUUGUUUCUAUGAAGUCUAGCAAGAAACAGAGACCUAUUAGUGUCCUCUCAACAAAAUCAUCAAAGUCAAUUAUAUCAGAAAAGUCAAAGACCACUAUCAGUCAAAGUGCAAUAGAUGAGCCAAUGGGGGUGGAACCAAUUGAAAAUGAAGACGAAACAGGCACGUGUCUGGAAAACUCACAAAAUCAAGAUGCCAAUGACAACUGUAAGGCAGCUGAAGAAAGGGCAAUCAGUGUUUUGUCUACAAAAUCAACAACCUCUUGUCCAACUGACGUUGUCUCAAAUUGCAUCACAGGUUCUCCCGAUCCAAAGGAAGGCAGUGUUUCCUCUAUUGCGGUGAAUGGAAAUGAGCUAAAUGAAGAUAAAGAGCAGGUGUCUAGUACCAUAUCUAUGGAAUCAAAAUCUUGCUCUCAGAAGUCAGUUUCUACCAAGAAUCUAAAAUCAUCAUCCCAGAAAGGAAAUAUGGUCACUAUUAAAACACCAGAAGGAGUUAAUAAUUUGAGUGAAUCAACCCAGAAAAAGGCCAAUGUGUCCAUUGUAGGUGAAACGUUGGAAGAAAGAAACACCCAAAGGAAAACAUCUGCUCAUUCUAAUAGUCAAAUGUUGUCACCUAAGAGAAUACGCUCAUCCCAGUCACAUCUGAAGAAAGUUAGGGUUGGAUCACCCUGCAAUUCCGAUGAGGUAAGAGGCCAGAGUGCACUCUCAGUUCAUUCGGUAACGUCUUCCAAAUCUGGAAGCCUUAAACGUUCUGUUAUAGCUUCUACACCAGUAGAGGGAAGCAAAAAGGGGACUGGAGAAGAGAACAAAGCAAAGGAACAAGGUAACGAAAUGGAAAUAAAUGAAGUGGGCGAUUCAAGAAGCAGCGAUAAACUCAGCAAAAACUCAUCUGGCUCCGUGUCACUUGGGUUGCUUGAUGACCAGGAAAUGUGUGACACAGAUAGUGGCACAUCUUGCAUGUCAUUUUACACUGACAAUCACAACAAAGACAGAGUGAGAACACCAACUCCACAUGUCCAGUUAGUGUUGUCUGAUAAGUCCACAGUCCCUACUAUUGAAGCACCAAGUUCUAAUGGGGAGGAUCCACCUGAGGACGAUAUUUGUGCCGGUCCAGCCUCAAGCACCGACAAUAAAGUUGUGAAUGGCGACAUAAUCUCAUCUUCACUGUCAUCUGCAUGUGGUAAUGUUAAAAAUCCUAAACUCGCGCAACAAAAUGUCGAUGCGAGCAAUGUUGAAGCAAACAUCAAGGCAUCUUGUUACUUGGCUGAUGAUACAAAAGUCAAUAGUUUGAAGCCAAAUAAUGAAAGCCCUGCCAAAGCAACUGAUAGUGGCAGUAUUCAAUCUGUGAAAACAUCCAGCUCUACAAACAAAGAGAAGUCUUCAAGGCAAGGACAUUCUAAACCUUGCAGUAAAGCGACAUGUGGUGAAAGUACUAUGUCUGCUGCUGACCUUCUCAAGGACACUAAGACUGGAAAUCAAUCCUGUCAGGAGUCAAGCAAGGCAAACAAAGCUAGCAACAAACAGCAUGUGGAGAAAAGCAAAAUAAAGAGGAGUCAAAAGGAUCAGCCUGAAAGGACAGAAGUGACCCCUGCCUGUCUACCCAACGCUUCCCCUAAUGAAGUAGUCAGUGAUUGGUUGCGAAGCAUUCCUGCUAAAAGUAACAUGAUCGCUCCUGAUGAGUUCAUUGAGAAUGGCGAGGAAGGGUUGGUUAACGAUGUAGACGAACCAACAGCAUCAAAGGAGCAGCACAUUGAGGAUAGGUUAGACAAUAUACAGAAAGCUAAGGAUGACGAGAAAGAGGGAUGUGCAGCAAUAAAUGAAGGAAAAAGUACAGAUCUUGCUAUAGGUGUUGGUUUAGCUGAAGCAUCUCCUCAAGUCAAUUCUUCAUUGACAAGUGGAAAGGUAUUACCGAAGGACUGGCGCUCCUCAGCUGCAGUGAUGAAGGUUCUUCUCAGUUCCUCUCUGGGACGAUGUAGAAGCUUGCCAGAGGUAUCUCCAGUUUAUGGCCGCAGACUAAGCACAUCAGCCAGGGGCCUCCUGGACUGUUUGGCCCAGCUUCAGCUCAUUGAGCCCAUGGGAUGUCAAAGCUGCAAACAACAUGAGGACAGAAACCGUCAGUAUGGGGACAUUAUAGCCAUUCUUCAAUCCCUUUGGCUCGCAGAACCUCUGGACAUUGAGAACAAGGACACCGGCAAAGAUCAAGGGACCCCACCAAGGUCCUCGUCAGGAGUAGGCAUGAGCAGUGGCUCUGGUGGCUCAGGGAAGGAGCAUGACAAUCAAGGAGGAGAUGAAGCAAUCCCCAAAGAGUCUUCACAUGAGGACGAUGUUGUAGAGAAUGUUUUAGAGGAGACCAUAAAACCACAAACAUUGGGAUUUAAGACUGAGGUAGGUUUAGAGGAACAGACAAUGCACAGUGAGGAACAAAGUCAAGCCCCUCCACUUUUAGACAGUCCAAAAGAUGUGAAUCAUUCGUCAUCUGACAAAAGCUCCACCUCCAGCGCAACCCCACCACCAAGACUUUUGCAAUUAUCAUUGUCAAAUAAACCUUCCCAAGAUCCUGAUCCAGUUUGGGUCUUGCACCUUCUAAAGAAGCUGGAGAGGGAAUUCAUGAAUCACUACAUCGAUGCCAUGGCAGAGUUUAAAGUCCGUUGGGACCUUGAAGACAGCCUCAUUUUGGACACAAUGGUUGCAGAACUGAAAGAUGAGGUGAACAGCAGAAUCCAGAGCAGCAUUAAGCGUGAAAUGAGUAAGAUCCAGAGUCGAUCCGGUCGAGACGGCAGGUCCCCACGACCUCCAAAGGGGACUAAUCUGUCCAGAGAGUCCACCAUGACAGAAAAGCGCAGACGGAUGCUCAAGAUCAUGAAGAACCAGUCAGUCAAAACUGCCGAGUCCUUCAGUGACAGUGAGCUGACACCCGAGUUCAGCGACCAACGAAGUGAUGACGAUUACUGCCCUUGCGAUGCUUGCGUACGCAAGAAAAUGGCAGCACGGCCUCUCAAAAUGAACCCGGCGGCAGUUGAAGCUCCAGUCAUGAUGGAGUUUGAUCUCCUCAAGAUACUUCAACUCAAGAAAACUCCAGAAAAAGUUACUGCAGCUGUGUCACAGCCUACAGAUAGGUGCAAUGACAGUGUUGCCAUAGAGGAAGUGAGGAGCUUGGAGGUUGUGCACGAAGAAGAAGAGGAGGAGGAAUCAAGCGAGGAAAGCAAAACGGUUUUAAAAGAGCCAAUUAUAGGUGAAGAGAAGGACGCAAAAGAAGAAGCUGAAACUGGGGAGGAGGUCAUUGCUGCAGAUGAUGAUGAAGAGAAGGCUGAACGCGAGAAGGAAAAUGGAGGAGAGGCUGCAGAAAGAAGCAAUGAUGAAGCAGAUGGAAGUGAGGAAGAAUGUAAAGCCACAGAGGACACGACAAAUCAAGAUCAAGAAGGAACAACACUUUUGGAGGAGAACAGACACACCAGUAUUUCAGGAGGCGCUGAUGAUGAAGAUGAGGAGCAGGCGGAUGGCGGAACUCGAGAGUCGCACGAAAAAGACAAGUUGCUACAGCAAGACAGAGCCUCACAAAAGGCUCACAGUGCAACCGGAGAUGUCUGCAUGAUGAAUUAUGAGGAGGCCGAUGCUGAAAAUGACAGUGAACAUCCAAGCGACACCGGCACAAAUGAGUCAGGAAACAAGGAAGACACAACAGAGGUGGACAGGAGCAUGGUAUCAGAUAAUGUGCUGCUACAUCAGUUCACCAAGAGCUCAGUGGAGUCCCAGCAGGGCUCCUUGGAAGACUGAACUUUGAAAGUGACUCUUAGCACAUUUACUCAUUCACAAAUUUAUUACCGUAUUUUCUGGACUGAAAGUCGCACUGUUAUCAUAGUCUGUCUGGGACUGACCAGAGGUGGGUAGUAACAUGUUACAUUUACUCCGUUACAUUUACUUGACUUUUUGAGAAAAAGCACUUCUAAGAGUAGUUUUACAAAGCCAUUCUUUUUUACUUCAGUAGAACUGUGAUGACGAAAAGCUACUCAUACUCCGCUACUUUGGGCUAAAGUACAACCCCUAGCAAAAAGUAUGGAUCCACCAGUCUCGGGACGAGCACUCACUCAGACAUUUUAUCAUGUUGAAAAAACUCAGAUAAAAUGCUUGGGGGAAAAAAUGAAUUAGUUCAAAAAUGCAACUCUCCUCAAACACUGAAAGAA